GUUUAAAAAGGAAUAUAAACAAUUAUUUUAACCGUUUAGGUAGGCCUGUAAACUGUAAUAACAAUUUAGAUUAAAAGAUUUUGCAAAGUAGUUUGAAUUUCUGAUUGAUAAUUAGUACAUUUGGGGCUUAGGCUUCUAAAUUAACGUGCACUAGCCAUGGGAUUGUGAAAUGUAAGUUUCACUUUUUUUAGUGUGACUUUGCCCUAGACUUAAAGUUGCCUUUACUCUUUUAAACUCUUUUACUUUUAGUAGUUUUAGUUUACUUUUUAUGAAUUUAGUAGGCCUUCUUGGCCUUGCCUUACACUUUUUUCACUUUAACUUUUAACUUUAACUAAUUAGUAGUUUUAGUCAAGUUUAGUGACAUUUACUUCUUUACUACUCUUUAAACUUUAAACACUUUACUUAAGUCCUUUUUUACUCUUUACUUCCACUUCAGUUUAGUAAGAUUACUAAUAACUAAAAAGAAAGGCAAAUUUUAAAUUAAAUCUAACCCUCCUGACGUCUUGAUAUGGAGUAUGUGUGGAGCCUUUUUCGUUUAGAUUGUUUGUGCCAAAAAAGGCGGAGGUCUUUUGCUUUUCACUAAGUCUAAGAGUCUAAGUCACUGGACCUGCGCUUACUUAACUUUGCAAAAUAAUUUAUAAAAAAUAAAGAAAUAUUAUAUAUAUUCUUGUGGUUGUAAGGAUUGAAAAAACUAAUUCAAUUUUUUACUUUAGAAAUCUAACUGAAAUAUCAACAUUUUUGCAAAUAAGAUAGUCUGAUUUGACUAUUGCAACUGUCAGGUUCAUCAAAACACUUCAUAGAAAAACUACAAACGGUUCAAAACUCAGCUGAUAGGUUAGUUCUAUAAGCAAAAAAAAAACAUGAUCACUUCACUCCACCACUCCACUCAUUUCAUUGGCUCCCUUUACAAGCACGCAUUGACUACAAACUCUUUGUUCUCUGCAACCACUUUUUCUUGGAUUCCUGCCCUUCCUAUCUAACCCAACUUCUUUCUGUCUAUUCACCCCUUUGACAGCUUAGCUCCUCCACAGACACGUGUAUUCUUUCUGUUCCCAAGACAUGCGCACUAAAACAUACAGUUGAUACAGGGAACAAUCUUUCUCUUUCUGCGCUUUCAAACAAUGGAAUUCUCUCCCACUACAAAUCCGCAAUAUACUGACCAUCCAGGCCUUCAAAACUGCACUCAAGACACAUCUCUUCAAACCCUAAUAUCCUGACUGAUUCCCACCCCCUCUGACCGAUAAGAAUGCUGUUGGGUGCUGUCCAUAGCUUGAUAUAUAAAAAGUUGUUGGGUGGGUGAAUAAAAAAUCUAAAUAUAUAUUUUUUUAUAAAGCCGUUUUUUAAUUAAAUAAAUGCAUGUAUUUUUUUAAUGUCAUGAUUAUGUUUACGUAUAUUUUAAUGUGAAGCACAGUGAGCCCAGCACUAGGCUGGGGUUCCGCGUUAUAUAAGACCACUGUAAUAAUAAUAAUAUUUACGUCACCUUGCUGUUCAUGAAUGCAAUUUUUUUUUACACUUAGAGACUUAGAAUAAGUUGUCUUAUUAAACUUACUUGCAAAUUAUUGUUAAAUUUUAUGAUUGUUGAAGCUUUAACAUUAUUUGAAUGAGAUUCAAUGUGAAAAACUGCAUAAAAUAUUCGCCUGGGGCUGUUAUGCCUUUUGGCAUGUUUCAAGGUCACAGAUUUAUAAAGCAUUUAUAAGGGUCACUCGGUACACAAAAAAAUGAUCUAACAUGACUUAACACUGUAAAAUAUCAAUGGAAGCGGCCAUUAAAAUGUUGAGGUGAGCAAGAAAUGCCAGAAGCAGUCUGAUUAGCUGGUAGGAAAACCAGCCGGUCAAUCUCGAUGCUUUUGAUAUUGGGCGGAUAGAUAGGUCUUUGGUCUUUUUUGCCAGAGCACCCUGGGCCGAUCAGGGGUCGAUCAAGAUCAGUACAGGCAUCUUAAGAGAGUUGAAGAUAACUUCUUUAAACUAUUCUUUGAAAUUAGUCUUAGUCGUAGUUCCCCUUAAUUCUGGUUCUGUGAACUCUGUCAACUCCUAAUCUCAAUCAUAUUCAUAUAUUAUAUAUUUCCUGUGAAGGAGGCCUGGUGCUCCUGGGUUCUCAGGGCAUUUAGGCUAGGCCUCAUCUCCUCAGUCUUCAUACUUAAAUCAAAUCUGAACAGGCUUUCAAGUUUAAACUUAAACCAUAAAACUUUAAGUUUAUUUUUGUGACCAUCCAAGGUACUCUUGAAGGGUUGGGUAAAUUAUGAAAUUGAAAGUUAAAUUAUGGAAACCAUGACACUUGGUCUUAUGUAGUAAUUCAAUUUUUAUCAUUAAAUGCUUAACUUCUUUAACUUAAGCUAUAUAUUGUUUUCUAAAUACAUAUUUACAGUAUUCAAGAUGCCUACUGUGAUAGCUUUAGAUGUUUCCCUAUCCAUGUCUCGUCCAGUUGUGCUGUCAGAUAUCCCAGAAGAGUAUCAACGUCGUCACCUUGCUGUUCAUGGAAUCAACACAUACCUGGAUUACUUAAGUGCCAAUUACAAAUUGGAAUUCGUAUCACUUGUGAGUAAUCAAUUUAACAAAAAAUAUUAAACAUUAUUACAUGAAUAUGAAUGAAUUUGAAAAUUUGAGAAGGAAUAGCAUCAUCAUAAACUUUCCAGAAAUUGUAAUUAUUUAGUUUGGAAUACUGUCAAUGAAUCUCAGUGAACUAAAACAUUGUUUGUACUCACAUAAUAUUCUUAAGACAGUGAAAUCCUAAUUGGGUUCAUAAAUCUCAAUAUAAAUUAAAAGACUGCUUUCAAGCUUAGUAAAUGAAUGAAAUAGCAAAACAAGGUAUGUGGAAGCUUGAAAUAAGAUAACAGGACCAAAAACAAGGACGUUUCGGCAUAAAGCCUUCCUCAGCCAACAGUAGAAAUAAAUCUCAUGGCUUCAUUAGCAGGAUUUUACAAUACUCCAUCAGAAUUGUAUUGGUAUUUUUUAAAAGUAUGUGAUAGUGUUAAAAAAAAAAUAAUUAAAAUAUAUUGUUGUUAAUGAGCUAUGGGGUGUUGAAAUUGCACUAGCUUUAUUGUAUUUUGAUGGUGUUGUAUGAGAAUAUAUUAUUAUUACAAAUUUGUUUUAGAUACUUUGAUAAAAACAAUUUCAUGGGUAAAUGAAUUCACACAAUUUUUGGAUCUAUUCCAUGACCAUGUUAUAUCCAAAUUUGCAUUAUAAGGGGGUUCCACAGUAUAUUUUCUGUAAUUUCUAAUUUUUAAGUGAAGCGCAUUGAGCCUAGCCGUAGGCUGGGAUACUCUGUUCCAUUUUUCAUCCGUCAAGAUUGACAAGGACCAUCUUGUCAUCCUGUUUGGGGGGGGGGGGGGGGGGGCAUGGUGAGUUCGCAGGUGGCUUGCUAGUCCGAUCCGUGCUUGGAAUAGCCUCUGACACCGCAGGCAGGGGAUAGUUGCUGUAGUCAGUGGUCUAAGGUUGCUUUUUCGGGCUAGCCUGCAUGUCACAGCUGUCGCUGACCUUCUGGCUUCAUGAAAUUAAGUCCCCUUUUUGACAGCUAACCUCCACCUGGCUCUAUCAUGGGCUGUCUGCACCCAUUCAAAAGGGUUGAUGCUGAAGGCCUUUAGUGCCGAUUUCAGUGUGUCUUUGUGAUGCUUUCUUUAACCUCCUUGGGAUCGCUUGCCUAGUGUGAGUUCACCAAAGAAUAGCUGUUUAGGGAGCCGGUUAUCUUCCAUAGGGCUAUGUGUCUUAUCCAAUGGAGUUGAGACUGCUUCAGGGUGAUGAAAAUGCUAUGUGCGUUCGCUCUAGUGAGGAACUGCUUGUCAGGCACUUUGUCUUGCCACCUGAUGCCGAGGAGCUUCCUGGGGCAGGUUGUGUGAAAGUGGUUUAGUUUCUUGGUGUGACACUGGUAGACUGUCCACAUUUUACAUCCAUAGAGCAAUGUCGAGAGGACUGCUGCACUAUAUACCUUGAUCUUCGUUUCUCGUCUGAUACCUCUCCUGUCCCAAGAAGUGCUGCAGAGUCUGCCAAAUAUUGCACUAGUUUUUGCAAGUCUGGCUAUCAUUUUGUCAUCCAUGAUGACAAAUCUGGAGAGUGUGCUGCCCAAGUAGGUAAAUUUAUUCACUGCGUUUAGAUGCUAUCCGCUGAUGGUGAUGCUGGGUUAAAUGUAGGGCUUACUGGGAGCUGGCUGAUACAUCACUUCAGUCUUCUUUGUGUUGAUUGUGUGGCCAAAGUUGUUGCAGGCCUCAGAGAAGAUAUCAACUCUGUGUUGCAUGGUGGCUUCUGAGGCAGCGUUGAAGGCACAAUCGUCCGCAAACAGAUUCUGAGGGACAGCGCUAUAUAAAACCACCUUAAUUAUAAUAAUGAUAAUAAUAUAACAAUUUAUAACAUUUUACAUCUAGCAACGAUCAUGUGAUAGGAUUUGAGUCAUAAGAGUAACAGGUGCCUUAGGCUACUUGUUUAUAAUUGGUAAUCAUUAUUUCAGAUGUUUUUCUUUCAUUUAAUAAAAAAUUUUAAAAAGUACUACUGGUACAUUGGAAGUCAAUUUGUUUUUGUUUUGCUUUAAAGCCUCUAAUUUUAAUACUAAAAAUUGUUAACAUUUCGGCUUGUUUAACAGGAUGUAGGAUAAAUAUUACUAGUGGUAUAAUCCAAAUGCUUAACAUGCAUAUCGUUGUGUUAGACGAGUGGCUUAGCUUGGGUUAGUGCCUCAAAGGGCGAAUCAAGCUUUUUGCCACCCUCCUUCCACAAAAAUAAACUCUGUUGGCAGCCAAAAAUGCCACCCCAUAAUUUGAUGAAAAAAAUGUAAGCCAGGGGCGGCCACCCCCCUCCGGCUGCCCCUUCCUACGCCGCUGUGUCAGACACAGUUACCCCUCUUUUGAGAGAAUUAAACUUCAAAAAGUCAUUUAGAGAUAUAUAUUAUUUAUAUAAUUAUAUUUUCAGGUAGCAUUUUCAUAUUUGUAUGAGCAACUUUCUACAUUCACAAGGGACUACAAUGUCAUAAGAACUGCCUUAAACAAAGUUGAGGUCUUUAGCAAAACAUGUAUAGAGACAGCUCUGAAUGGAAUCAAACAUGUUAUAUCUGAUGAAUGGAGUCACACACCUUGUCAAGUAAUUUCACUGCAUACUGUAUUGCUAGAUGUUGUCCUUUUAUGCUUGAAACAAAUGUAGCUGAAACACUUUGUUGAUCAUGAGAAAUAAUGCUAUUUAUAUUUGCAAUGCCAUUUUAAUCUAAAAUUAAUGCUUUUUCAAAUAUUUCUCAACAGGUUAUUUUAAUAACUGAUGGCAGCCUUGGUAUUGGUGUUGGAUCCCUAAAGAAAUCACUUGAAACCAUAAACAUGAGACAAUCAGUUGAGGAGAAGUUUCCUUUACCUUUUCCAUUUCCAUGUAAACUUCAUAUAGUAUGUAUUGGCAAUCCCAAUGAUCCAGAUGUUCGUAAUGCUUUGCCCUACUAUCAAAGGCUCAUUGAUGUUGGAGAUCAGGGUGGAGAGAUAUUCACCUUGGAUGGUGCUAUUUCAUUUAAGUAAGUGUUCUUUUAUUUUUAUUUUUCCAAUAUAUUGUGUAUGAAGCGAGAGUUUUGAUUUGGAAAAAAUAUAUUCUUCUUCUUCUUCUAUAUCUUAAGGGCCCACGAUCAAUUUAUUGAUCAUUUUGGCUCCUAUGCAUGUAGAUGGGAUUUGCAAUGUUUCUGUUACUGGUGGUGAUGAGGAAAUUAUGCACUAGGGGUUUGAAGGCUCGAGGCAAUAGACAAAAAUGUGUCUAGUGUUGUCGCCUCAACUGUUCCUUUUGAAAGAUGGUUCCAGUCCCUGAUUGUCUUGGGCAGGAAUGAGCAGCUCCUAUACUGGCUUCUUGCUGGUAUGAGCCUGAAUUGCCUGUCAUGGCCUCGUCGCUGUCUAUGGGGGAGAGGGACGAGUUUCUGUUUAAUACUGGAACAGUGGACCAGCCCAUUAUUUAUCUUGUACAUCAUGGAGAGCCUGGAUUGUCGUCGUCGUUUCUCCAAUGGUGACCAGCCUAGUGUUUCUAGCAUGCUGCCAACACUAGAGGUAUUCCUGUAGCGGUUUAGGACAAAGCGUGCUGCUCGUCGCUGGACCGCCUCCAACCUGUCAAUGCUCUUCUGGGUAAAUGGGUCCCAGACUGAAGAUGCAUAAUCUAAAAUCGGACGGAUAAAGGCUUUAUAUGCUCUUUCUUUCACACAGGAGUUGCCAAUCUUUAGAUUUCGCCUUAAGAACCCCAAGGCUUGGUUUGCUUGGUUACAUACAUUGUUAAUAUGCUCGUCCCAGCGGACCUCUCUUUGAAUGGUAACACCCAGGUAUUUUACGGAGGAAACUUGCUCAAGUAUAUGGCCGUGCAGUUCGUAUUGGUAGUGUAGAGGAGUACAACUUCUAGAGAUUGAUAGUGUCUGGCACUUGGCAGGGUGAAAUUCCAUGUCCCAGCUCAUCUCCCACUCAGCUAACAGAUUGAGAUCCUGUUGUAGCUGGUCCUGGUCAGAUCUGUUACUAACCAAAUUCUUAUUCCCAAUUGACAAUCAUGAUAAAUGAUUCAACAUUAGUAGGAAAUUCUGUAGUUCAUAUUCAUAUUUAUCCAAAUGUUUUGAAUGUUUCAUUUUUAAAAAUUUUACCAUUUUCAGAUCUGUAGAGGACACAUUUAACAGAUUAGCAGAAAAAUACUACAACCCAUUUUGUGGUAAUUUAACUUGUGGUAACUUCAGUUGUGCAAUCCAGCUUUUUCCCAAGCCUGAAUUAUUCAUAAGGUAAUUAAAAAAAAUAAAAUAUGAAGUCUUUAAAGACAUUAGUUCAAAUUGCUGGUAUUUAUUUUAUUUCUUUUACAAACCAUUUAUUACAUUUAGUAUUUGUCAUAAUCAGAAUUGGCACGACCGUUUUAUUGUAUAUUUGUUGAGCUAUCAUCGUUGCGCUUUGUAUAUAUUAUUAUUAAAUUUAAAUGCCGUCUGGUCAUGUUGAAUUUUAAUGAAAUCUUUAACCUUCAGGUAAUAACUGAUAAGUAAUGUUAUCUACUACUUUAAAUUAUUGCAUUCUUGUGCAUGUUUAACAUUUUAAAAAAAAAAAAACUUCCAGAAUCUGUUUUUGUCUCAGAAAAUUUAAAAAUAUUUUUUUCUAUGUGUCAACGUCACAGGCAUCUUGAUGAUGGAAAAGUCACAUACACAGUUUCAGACAAAUUAGAAAUUUUAGGUUUUUUGGACAUUAAAGAUAUUGGAAGCCCUCCAACAGUUGCAAGACAUUUGGUAUUGCCAAGAUCAACUAAAGAAAAAACAGAUGGUUUGUACAUAAAUCGAUAGUGUUCGAACGAACAUUCCAUAAAGAGUUUGAAGAAAACUUUCAACUCAAUGUAUAUAAUGAAAAUAAUGAUUAAGUUUUUUUUUAAUUCUGUGGAGCAGCUCUCAAAGAGUAAUCAUAUUAUUAUAAUAAUUAAUUUAUAAAUGCCACCUUUAGUGGUUUUAAUUAUAGUGUACAAAAAUAUAUAUUUCAGCAAAAGAUAAAGAUGGCAAAAAUGUUAAAUCAGAAGAUGAUGAUGACAGUCAAGAUGAUGGGAAGACACCAUCAUUUACAGUUCUAUUACAUGGCAGUUUGAGGGUUGAGAGUAUGGUGGCCAUCACCAAAGUUUGGUAAAUAAACUUUUUAACUCACAGGCACUUCCACUGAGCCUCUAAAAACCUGGUCAAAAUCUUUGCUAAUCUUUCAUUUUGUACAAGAAAUACUGUGAAAGAUGUGAAUAGUGAACCUUGAAAUAGUGCUGACUCUGGCAAAUGCACUAAUCCACCACUCGCACUGAUUGAUUUUUUUAACAAAAACCCCUUGAAAAAUCCUGUUGUCCUAUGCAUAAUACACAAGGGUUUCUAAGGGACAAAGUCUUUUUAUUCCCUGAGGAUGGCACAUGCAGAGCUGCCAACCCUUCCGAUUUAGUCGGAAUUAUAUGGAUUUUUACCCCUCAUUCCGACCUUCCGACAAACCCCUUAAAAUUCAGAUUUUCCGAACAUUAUAAUUUUUCACCCGUCAUAAAAUUCCAAAAGCGACCAAAAAAAAAAAAAAAUCAAAGAAAAAAAUCGUAUACGACAGGAAUUGGUGCAUUUCGAUGCCACUUUCUUAGUUUUUAUGAAGUGUCUACAUGUCCGGUGAGUGGACGAAUAAGUUCUUGAGAUAUUCGUCCAGCUAUUAUAUAUUCGACCAAGACAUAUGACAGCUGUAACAAAGUUGUGCAAGAUAUGUCCGUCAGCCUCGUUAUGUGACCGCUAAUAGUCCAUCAGAGUUUAUGGUACUUCCUUUCAACAAAUUCAAGAUAGUCUGGACAUUUACAUGAAAAAGAAAUAUGUUAAAUUUUACAAAAGAAAUAUUAGAACCAUUUCUGGUCUUUUUAAUGACUCAAGAGUUUUGUGCACAGUACCGCUUCUGCAGAUUGUCAGGUAUUUUUAAUGAAAAAAUGGUUAAAAAAUGACAAUGUUAAAUAAAGCGUGACAUGCCCAACGGAUCAAUAUCGCCCACACUAUUUGUCCGGUCGCCGGACAUGUAGACACUGCCUUGUUUUUAUCGAAGCGAACCGCGAUCUCCAAAUCAUUCUUCAAUCAUCAAUUAAUCCGAUCGUGAUUCAUACUUUUACUAGGCUAAAAAAUAAUUCAGUUGUGUUGUGAGCUUUUUGUUGUUUAUGUUUUUCUUAAUUAAAUGGAUAAAUAUAUUGAAAGUGGUGGGUACAAUGAUAAUAAUAAACAUAUUUUAACACAAAAAAACCCCCAUACAACAGCAGCUAAGCAGGUGAAUCUACGACAUCCAUGUCUAAUGUAUUUGCUAAGGAAUCGGACGAUUCAGUUCUCAGAUCGGAAGGUUUUUUUUUACCAUCUUUCUUAUAGAAGGAAAUAUUUCUCUAGCCAACUCCGAUCGUUUUAAUGGCAGAGUCAAAGAAUUUUUUCCAGACUCGCUGAUUGCUAGAAGAUUGUGAAGAAAAAUUAAAACAAGGGCAAGCAUGAAAGUUGAUACUCUUUCUAACUUGCUUGUAACUAAAAUCAGUUGCAAUGCUGACCUUCAGUUGUCCAAAGAGCUGUUGGGCAAGUGCAAAGAGGCCACUAGGGAUAUGCUGGAAAACUCAAUUUAAAACUGAACUCUUAGCAGCCUGUGUAUAUAUGUAAAUAAAAUGGAUAUUCUGUUCUGUAUAUAUCUGUAUAUAAACAUUUCCAGUAAUGUUUUUUUCGUGUUCUGUGGAUUCUUCAAAGACAAAAGGGGUAACUUUAUAUUUCUUUAUUUACUAAAAAACGCUUGUGCACUAGUAUGUAGACCCUAAACCAACUUCCCCCACUCCCCCACACCUACCCCCCCCUAUGGCCCACACCCCAUACAGAUUAUUUUCCUUGGCAGGUUGGCAGGUCUGCACAUGCCAUGUCACCCUUGGACAAAAUUACAUCAUGAACAGAGUGUGAUGUAGACCUUUUGCUUCUGAUAUUCAGUCUGCUAACGUCCUGUGCAUUUCUAAAAUAAGGAUUAAGGGGCGUGUUGUCACCAUGUCAUCGGUCGAUUUUCUUUGAGAGUUGUGAAUGAACUGUGGAAAUUUGGUCAGUAAAUAUUGAAAGAUAUAUCAUAACAGACUUGUAGAAAACAAUGUAGGCCUACGUAUUGAUGUAAAUGAUCUCCAUGCAGAAUGUUUAAGCAAAAUAUAAAUUAAAAUCUCCCUUAAAUUUCAUAAUUGUUCUUUGGUUAUUACAUAUAACAUGUAAAUGGAUGCACUUACUGGUUUUUUUCUCUUUUUUUAUAUAUUUUCAAUGAUAUAUUUGUCUUCUUCUUGCAAACUAUUGUGCACGAUUGUCAUUCUUGCUGAACCUGCAAAUACCACUAUCCCUGCAAAUAACACCACUUUUUGUUUGGUUUCAAAGGUUUUUGAUAUUUACAGGUGUCACCAUAUAAUCUUUGACAGCUUAAUUACUUUUUAUUAAAAAAAUUAAUACAAAAAUACAUUUGAAACAGAUUAAACUAUUUUAAGAAACAAAUUAACUGACAUAAUAAGCACUAAGGUUGAUAAUGUUUGAUUAAUUUUGAGCAAACUAUAAAAAAGAUAAAAAAUUCUGUCAAUAUAAAGUUAAUUUUACUUCAAAUAAAAUUUCGAGUUUUGUCAAAAUUAUCUUUUAAUCAUAAAAAGUUUGCAUUUUAUUUUCAUUUCGAAUUUUGUGGGAGAAAAAUAAUAUUUAGAAAUUGACUAAACUAAGCUGUGUCAACCAGAGUUUUCCUCUGCGACAUCAUCAUUGUAAUUGUGUAGGAAUUUUUCACCUUCCACUUAUUUAUAUAUAUGUUGUUGUUUUUUUUUUAAAGUUUAAAACCCUGUGUUAAAAUGAGUAAUCAGCCUCCUGAUAUUUUUCAAUUUCCGCCUUAAUUUUUUGGUGCUAAUUUCAAACAAGUUAUGUUAAAAUUUCCUGAAUUUCUACUUUUACAGUGAUGACUGGUAUGGCAUGAUUUACUCAUGGGCUGACAGUAAAAAAAAGUCAAACCUAAUGUUGGCCUUAUUUGAUCCAGGUAAUAGCAGAAAAAUAAAAUAAAUUAAUUAUUAUGUCCAAUUGAAGACAGUAUUUGUACUCUCAAUGUAUGCCCUAAUGCACCAGUAAAAUAUACUCAACUUUGUACUGUCAUUAGGUCUUGUUAAGCUACAAAUAAUGCUAAUGAAACCUCUCUUCCAAAAUUAAAAAAAUAUUUUCUCUUCAGGGCAAGAUUCAAUUCCAUGGACUGGAUCAUUCGACAACCUUACUUCUUGUAAGGAAUAUUCAUCAGAAGAUGAAGAGAAAAAGUCAUCUUUCCCUGUUAAACCCUUAGAUAAACGCAGUUAUGCACAGUCUUGUGUUGUUUGGAUAAAGCCCUCUGGUUUACAGGUGAGUAAAGAAAUCACUGCAAUUCUUGACUUUUACAAAAAAAUAUAUGUUGAUGUCAAGGCUUUGCUGGUGGUUCUUUUUACAGUAUAGUGUCAAUUUUCUGAAUGCGAAUUAUCUGAAAUGUCAGUUAUCCACGCAGCAUUUGUGUACAAAUACUGGGGAAACAAUUCUGACUCCUUUAAAAUACAUCAUAUCUUUUAGGAUUCAAAAUACAAAGUGAUCUCGGAUUUUAUUCUUAGCGCCAGUCAUGAAAUUUUCGAAACAACUUCAUGUUGAAGAAAUUUAUUUAUGGUCAUCGCCGUUUUUUUACAUCAAUCAGCUUACCCUUAUACAUCAUGCUGUACAUACAUCAUGUUUCUCAACAUGGGCCAUAUGCUAAUACAUGGGGCCAUAGCAUUGUUUCUUAAGGGCCACGAAAAUUUUGAGAAAAAAAAAAGAACUUAAAAAGAGCAGUUACUUAAAUUUUAAUUGCAGGAAAUGGAAUCAUGAAGCUAAAUUAUAUGUUAAAAUGGGCAUCAAGCAAAAAAAAAGUUAAGAUUAAGAAACCCUUCAAAAAAAGUAAGAUGUGAUUAACUUUCAAGUCUUAAAUUAUGUUUUCUUUUCACUAACUUCUUUAGGUGCAGGCUUCCAUGGCAGUGUUAGGUUAUCCAAAAUAUUGGUUAUCCAAAACAACUCUGGUCCCAUUUAGUUAGGAAAAUCAAUGCUUAACUGUAUAAGAUUUCAAUAUAUACUGGGUAGUACUUUCUUAAACAUUGAAUUUGAUAGUGAUUACUGAUUAUUUAACAGUGGUUGCUUACUAAGUGAUUUUCGUUUACACAGACACACAACCAAAAACAUUAUAGUUAUAAAACAUUUUGGUAAAAGCAAAGCAAACAAAUUUAACUUGGCUCCAACUGGCCUACAAAUUAAAAUAUUACUGUAUGCACUAUUGUUUUUUUUUCUUUGAUUUCAUUAAUUUGUUGCCAAACUGAAAAUAUUUCUCUAUAGAAUUAUUUUAAUUUGUUUUGUUAAAAUCAGAUUUUCGACAACACAAAAUCAGGAGAUUGUUAUAAAUUUUAAGGUUGGAAAAAUUGGUUGAACAAUGUAACUUCCUUUAUUAUAGCCUGAAUUUGUUGUUGAAUUCAAGUUGAAUGAGAUGUGUUUUCAUUUGCAGUCUGAUAUUCAAAAGGUCUUAAGACAUGCCAGAAAGUUACCAGAGAAAAUACACCAAUUUUAUAAGGUGAUUAUCUUCAUAUAACGCUUUUAUUUACAUUGCAAUUUUGUAUGGGUAAAACUUGCAUCUCAGUUUCUACCCACUUCCUGAGCUGCAAGUGAGCUGAAACUUUGUAGACUUACCCACCCCAUGACAAUACAAACCUUAAUGAUCAGUUGGUCAGCAGUGACCUCCACCAACCUUUGAGUGACCUCUGCAGGUCACAUCUUGCAUCUCAAUUUUGAUUCACUUCUUGAAUCACCAAUGAGCUUAAACUUUGUACACUUUGACUAAAAGUACAAAAUAAAACAAUUUAAAAAAAUACUUUUAAAAAAAAUGUGUUUCUUCAAAAAUGUACCGGUACAAAAAAAAUUAUAAAUUUCCCCCCAAAAAUUAGAGUUUUUGUCAUAUGACUAAAAAAGUGUGGGGGCGCCCAAUUAAUAUAAUGUCUUAUGACUUUUUCUUAGGUUGCUCUAUCUAUUCUUUAUUUUGUGUGUAGUCAAAUUUUGCAUCUAAAUUAUUACUCACUUCCUGAUUUCCAAUUAAGCUGAAACAAAGAACAUUGCCUUCAUGGGGGACCCACGCUGUUAUUUUAGUCAUAUGACUGUGAUAACACUGACAUUUUGGGGGACAUAGAUUUUAUACUUUUUAGUGCAUUUUUGGAAAAGCGUUUUUUUUUUUCCAAAUAUUGUUUUAUAUUGUUUUAUUAACUUUAAAAGUUGCAUAAUCUCUAUUUUAUAACGAUGAAAAUUCUGAUAAUUAAAGACUGUUUUAUGUAGAGUUAACAAGAUUAUAUAGUAUGUUUUUUACAACACAGCAUGAUCAAUAACCUAAUAAAAGAAAGCAGAUUUAUAUCAGUAAAUAUAAUUAGAAUAGAUCAAUUGAAUCUUAUGGCCUGUUCUUGAUCAUUAAAUUACUAAUGGCUUCUGUUCUUCUUCACCAGGAGUUAAAUCGUACCCGACGGGCAGCUCUGUCAUUUGGCUUUCACAUACUACUCGAUGCCAUGGCGUCUAUGUUGGAAAGAGAGUGCACCCUUUUACCUGGUACUGCACACCCCAAUGCUGCAUUACAGCUUACACAUGCUGCAAAUUUCCUUCGCUCAGAUAAUGCAUUUGAUGUCAUGCAAUCUGUAACACCACUUCCUACAAAUUUUUCAAGUGGUAAUACAGGUUAAAUUUUUUUUAAAGUGUUACUGUAAAUAAAUUGAGCUAUUGAACUUUUA